GCCUGUCCAGCCUUCUGGGAGGCUCUGUCAUCCAAGUGGUGUGACCACAUGGCUGGCUUCCUCCCCGUGCCCUCCCCAAGCCCUGACUCACUGGGGUUUUGUGCUCGGACUCAAAGAGCUCCAUUGACAGCGGGGCUGGGGUCAGUUUCUCUCCACACAGCCUGGCCUGCUGGGUGGCACAACCAGGCAAAUGUCACAGGGCCCGGCCCCUGGACUCUGGAGCCCUGCCCUGACAGCUGGGCCAGGAGUGCAGUCACAGCCCCAGCAGAAGGCCCUCACCUCACGAGGAACAUGAGGUGCCUUGCCAGGCGUGCAGGCCACUCCCAGGUCACUCAGGAUUCCAAGUUUUCCCCCAAGACGCCUUCAGACGCUGAGUGGUACAAGGGCCUCCCCAGGGACUGGCUGCAAAGCCUCCUGCUCGGCUUGGGAGGGCACCAGCUCCCCACUGUUUACUGUUGUUCCUGAGAGGCCAGAGGGAGGGGCCAGCCAGGGAGUGGCCAGAGGGACAGAAGGGGUGGCCUUCCCGAGGGCAGGGUGGGUGCCCCAGACCUGAAAGCACUGCAGGACUCCCCUCCACAGGCUCAGGUGGCGCCUCCCCAGGGUCCUCCUGGCCAGGGAGGCCCUCCCUGGGCCCACUUAGAACUGCAUGAGCCGACUUCUUUCUUCAGCUCCCAACUCAGGCCCAGCCCACGGCAUGGGAGUAGGGGAGAGGGAGAGGAGGGGGAAGGAGGAAGAAGGAGGACAGAGGGAGCUCAUCCUGUCCCCGAGCAGCCCUCUCAGGGCAGAGGUGAGGCACCAGGACAUGAAGUUGGAGGACAAGUUCCCAAGCAGGGCUUUCUCGGGCUCCCCCUCGCGACGGUAAUUUGACACUUGGAUCUCCAGGACGACCAACAACAAAAAAGCCAGGCAGAGACAGCAGCUGGCUGUCAGCAGAGGGGCUGGGCUGAGGCGCCCAGGGGAGCAGCGGCACCCGGCACCCACGGAGGAAGUACGAGGACAGCACGUGGAGGCUCCGCGCUGGGGCACUGCUGCUUAGCCCCCGACACCUCAGCUCCCAGCACAGCCCGGCAGGAGGCCCGACAGGAAGCCAGCGCAGCAUGGCCGCCACCGACUUCGUGCAGGAGAUGCGUGCUGUGGGUGAGAGGCUGCUGCUCAAGCUGCAGAGACUGCCCCAGGCUGAGCCCGUGGAGAUCGUGGCCUUCUCAGUCAUCGUCCUUUUCACAGCCACUGUUUUGCUGUUGCUGCUGAUAGCCUGCAGCUGCUGCUGCGCUCACUGCUGCUGCCCUGAGCAGAGAGGCAGGAAGGUCCAGGUGCAGCCGACACCACCAUGACGGACAGGGGAUGGCUGAGGAGAAGCUGGAGAGAUGACCAACGCUAUGACACAGGCCAUCAGCCUGGCCCUGCAGCCCUCACCCCUCAAGACCAGGCUCCCCUGGCCCCAGCUCUGGCCCGGCCCAGGUACCUGGACACUGACAACUUGAGCCCUACCAAGGAAACCAGGGCUGGUAUAGGUGCAAACCUCUCAUCUGCCAGUGGACACUGGGUGCUGGGGAGUCAGCUGUUUCAAAGACUGGGCCAACUGCCUGGGCUUCUUCACCUACCUGCACUUUUUAACAAAACAAGGAAGUAGGGGUCCCCAUACCUUGAUGGAAAACAGCCCCCACCUGUGGGCAAUUGGCCCUUGGGGCUCUGCUGAUCCAUGCCAAAGAGGAGCAAGGCAAUCAGAGGGGCUUUGUGCAAUAGCUUCUGCAUCCGAGCUCCUGCCAGAGCGUAAGCAUGUCAGUGUUCUAGUCCAGUAUUUGCCGGUUUCCAAGUAAAAGCUUUUGUGUUAUGUU